AUGUCUUUCCAUAACGUCGAACGUCUUGAAAAGAAGACAUUUGCUCAGUUAAUGUCCCUGGCACCCAUUGACGGACCAGUCGAAAAAAACAGCGAUGAGGAAGAAUAUUAUUUUCGAUCUCUAGUUGCAGCAUAUAAACCCAUCAUCUCUCGAGGAGUUUUUGGUGGCCAUGUUAUGGCCCAAAGUGCUUAUGCUGCUUCAAGAACAGUACCACCUGGAUACAUUUGCCAUAACUUUCAUUCGUACUUUCUGAUGCCAGGAAAUCCGGACAUUCCAUUUUACUAUAAGGUCAAUGUGGUUCGCAAUGGCAAAACAUACAUGACACGUGAAAUUCACGUUUAUCAGCCCAGGGAUUCCAAAGUUUUGUCACAACCACCUUUUAAACGCAAAGAUCUUGUGUUUGUAGCCAUUGCAUCUUUCAAAACGCGCGACAAGUCCUCGGCCCCACUUCUUCAUCAACGCGAACUGGCUUCACAUUUUCGCGUGUCUGCAAACCGGCAUCGUAUUCCAGAGCUUGAAUUGGCACCAGAUGUAGAUAUUCCAAUGUGGAUUGAAAUGGCAAAACAGCGAGGAGAACAACCAGCAGGCACUGAAGUUCAUCCUCUAGAAGUACGCAAAAUGGAUACUACGGAAUUUAACAAGGGCAUUGAAAAUAUAUCUGAUCGGACACAAAUUCAUUUUUUCAAGUCUCACGACAAACUAAACGACGAUAUUAACCUUCACGUGGCUGCACUUUUGUAUGUUUCCGACCGAAACUCACUUUUCACUAUUGCCAAUUUACAUGAUCGCGAAUACUUUUUAAAACAAGUUGCCUCGAUUGAUCAUGCGUUUGUGAUGCACAAAAUGGAUACUCGUGUAGAUAUAGAUUGGAUGACCAUGGAGACGUAUUCAAGCGCUUCUAGUGAUGGACGAGGUUUAUACCAGGGACAUAUUUAUGACGAAAAUGACGAACUUGUAUGUUCAUUUAUGCAGGAUGGUGUUUUAGGGCUUGUGGAUGAGGCAGAUAAAAUGCUUCCAGGUCUUCUUCCCAAAAAUGAAUCAAAAGAGAAAUUGUGA